AUGGCAAACCGACCAAAGGGAUAUGGAAUGACUGCUGAAUUGGCGAAUAAGACGGCUGCUAAGUUUGAUACAGAAUUGGCGAACGAGGCGUUUGAAUGGAUUGCUGCUGUACUCCAAACGGGAUCGCCCGAAUUUGCGAGCUCAUUUGGAACUGUAGUUACUCAAAAGGAUUUCCAAGAGCCUCUCAGAGAUGGCGUCGUCCUCUGUCAUUUGAUCAACGUUAUCAGUCCGGGGUCAGUGAAAAAAAUCAACUCAAGUAAGAUGGCUUUUAAACAGAUGGAAAAUAUCGGGAAUUUUUUGACAGGAUGCGAAAAUCUAGGAAUUAACAAGGUGGAUCUAUUUCAAACUGUAGACUUAUACGAGUCAGGCAACAUACCACAGGUCGUUAAUGGCAUUUUCGCUCUUGGAAGAAAGGCACAAAAAACCGGUUACAACGGGCCGAGGCUUGGUCCAGAAGAAGCAACACAGAACAAACGAGAGUUCACCGAGGAGCAGCUGCGAGCUGGUGAAGGGGUGAUAGGACUGCAGGCUGGCUCUAACAAAGGGGCCUCUCAGGCCGGUCAAAAUUUUGGAAAGACCAGACAGAUUGUAGAUUAGAAGAGGAAGUUGGGUCUAGUAGAUUGUAUGACCAUGUUGAUGUAUUUUAAUUCGGAUAACAUUAUACAAUUAUCAAAUUAUUCGGAUAAAAUUAUACAAACGCAUUGCACCCGCUGGUCACGACAGGGGGGAGACGACCCUCUUGCAUACAGGCUUUGGUUAAAAAAAAAUAUUUAAAAAAUCAGAAUUUAGAUAGGGAAAGACCCUAUCGGAAUACCAAAGUCACAUUUGCUCUAAGGCGGCCUUACGGCGAGUCGAAAACAACCAUUUUAGCAUUUUUUUGCAAUAGCUACAUCUAGAUGGUUUGCAUAAAUAUGAAUAAAAGGGCUGUUUUCGACUUGCCGUUGAGCAAAUGUGACUGAGGUAUAAUUAUCAUUGUCACUCAAACAGUCCUAUUCGUAUUCUACCGGUUAAUGCGUUUAUGUUAGAUCUCUUAAAUGAUUAAGAGCUAAAUUUGUCUCUUCACAGUGCCUAUGUAAGAAUGCGUGUGAGUCGGGACCGUCUAUCCCAUUAGCUAUUUGACAUUACAAAUUAUAUACUAGUGGGAUUAUGCUAGUUUUAAUAAUAAUGUUCAAUUCCUGUGGAGCACAUAACACUAUACUAGCCACUUGGAUGUUAUUACUACAGGGAAUGUGUUGAAAUUGUUGAUAGAAAUGUUCAAAUAAUAUAAAGAAAUGGUGGGAAAUCAUCCAAGGUUAUUUCUAGUAUUCAAAAUGGAUGGACAGUCCUCUGACUCCUCUCUUUUAGGAAGAGAAAGUUGUUUAGCUCUGGAGGUGUAUAUUUAUUUUACCGGUUCUCAUCUGAAUAACAAAGGGUCUCUUAUCUGAUUAUGCAUAUAGCAUUCCAUCCUAGGUAUAGUUACACUUUGAAUACGCUGUUUAACAGUUAUCUAGUCUUAUUAGUUUAAAACUUUUGACAAUUUUGUAUGAAUUUAAUUGAUUUUCUUGUCAUCUUUGUUUGGAUUAAACUUAAGGCAAAUAUUAAUAUUAUAGCAAAUAUGCUGUAAACGCCUUUGAAGCGAAGAGUUAGCAAAAUGGCUUUAUGCAAAGAGCAGUACUGCAUAUAAUCAUGAUUUAUCUCAUUAUUUAUCAUUUGUAUUUUGUAUAUGUUAUAGUAGGUGGAGGCCAUUUGUGUUUUGUAGAUUUCUGAUGAUUUUAAUCAAUAUUUGAAUAAAAAGAAAUGGUGUAUUAUUGAUCAAAGUUGACGAUGGCAGAUUACACUGCAAAAACACCGGUGUUGAUUUAACACCAGUCUGGUAUCUGUUGAAACAACACCAGUUAAGAAUCAAACCGAUAUUGGUUUAACACUGAGUGUUGUUUAAAUGCCUAUCUUGUGUUAGCCUAAAGCCGAAGUGGUGAUGUUUCAACACCUCUUUCAACACUUCUCUGGUGUUUUCCGAUAAACUUUUUUUCCAGAGCUAGGUGUUGAAUCCCGCUAAUAUGAGGGACAACAUCUAGGCACUUUUCAUAGGUGUUACAUUAUUAUAUCGUGUUUAAUGUAGGCAUUUUGUAUUUAUGUAUGCAGGGCCUUUAAGAAAAACAGUGUUCAAAACAUUGAUAAGGCUUCACUGUGUAAAGAAGACAAAAAGAUAAAUAAUAUUUUCAAAAAGGUUAGGACGUUCGGGUAUUAAUUCUUUCUCUAAGAACUAUACUGCUACACUACCCAAAAUAUAAAUGCAUACAUUAAAAAAAAAUGUAUAAUUCUUCGAAAAAAUAAUCUUGCGUAUCGCCAAGUGGAAAAUCCAUAUUUAAAAAAAAAACACCAAAGACAUGCGUAGCAUUUUAGUAUUGAAAAAUCAGUCUUCCGAACUGCCACGAUCUUAGCCCAAAUUACGUACCAAUACAAAUACCUGUGCAUUUGGGGUUCAAGAUGGGAUUUUCCAAGACCACAGAGUUCAUCACGUGAUCUGAAACAAUGAAAUGUAUCACACGGUCGUGUAUUAAAGCGAAACUUUAAAAUGUCAUAAUAUUUAACAUUCGAUUUUGAUGAAAUUUCCAGCGUUAUGCUUGUUUUACUUUUCUCUAUUGAUUAAAAUCAGCAUUUUCUGGGGUGGGCUUGACCUUUUCACCCUUUUUAUUUGGUGGAAGUGGAUCAUUCUAUUUAAACAAUGUUUAGAGUAUACAGAAUCUAUAUUCAUCUCUAAUGAUAUAGGCACUUCUGAAAAGGAGUAGGCCCUUUCUACGAAUUUGGGAAGAUAAUGGGUUUUGUUUAAGAAUGUGCUGCAAUAAUGCCAUCAAUGGCAAUCGACAAUCGAAUACCUUGGAGGUAAUUUACUAGUUUUUUUUUAACAGACUAGCGUACUCCAUUCAUUAUCAUACAGUAUGUAUAGUAACUGUUACGUACACAGUUGUAGUUAGAUUUGGUUGCCUUUUUUUAUGCAUGAAUUUUCCAAUGCCUUGUUUGGAACUUCUUUUUAACUCAGUUAAUUAGUCAUUACUGGAUCAUAAUCUUGGGUUCAAAAUUAGAAUUCAUGUAUGGGUUCCAAGAUAUUCGGGCUGAAAGCAGUUAUACGUCUAUUAUGAUAAUUGUUUUGUAAGGCAGUAGUGUAUUUCAUAAUAAAGUAUGUAUUAUAUCAA